AUGGAAGCCAAGCCACAUCUCGCAGAGCUCUAUCGGCGCGCCGUCGCCGACCCCCACUCCAUCUCGCGCGCCGAACGUAACGCCAUUUGGGGCCACCCACCCCCCGAGGAGGAAGACCGGCUGUGCGUCGCCAAGACGGGCCUCACCCGCGCCGGGCUGGUGGCCAAGGCGGCCGCCCAGCCGGACGAGCUCACGCUGUGCGAAGCCAAGAUUAUCUGUCAUCAUCGCGGCGUGAACUUUGAUGACAAAGCCGAAGAGGCCGCGCCGAUCACUGGCAUUGUUGACCGCCUUGAUCGGCUCGAGGUGGCGCUGUUGGAGUACAUCAGGGUUUGCAAGAAGAAGCCCACGCCGCUGGAGAAGCUCUACAACGAGGCACUGGCGCGAUUAUGCGCUGUCCGCUCACCUGAGGAAACCACCGCCUUCGCGAAUGCCUUGAAGCGAGAUUCCGAACUUGCAAUGGCUGAUUCGGAGGCCAACGAGAUGAAGUGGCGAGAACACGAAAAGGCGAGGAUCGUAAAGGUCGGCACGCCCUGGAUAAGGAAAAUGCUUGAAGCUGGUCUGCUUGAGGACGGCGCCGAGUGCUGGGGCUUCGUUGUCUUCCGCACCGGAUGCUACCACGGCGAAGAGAACGAGGCCUUGUGGCAGAGGUUCCGCGAUCACUUGCUCAAGGUGGCCGAGACAUCGGUGCUACACUGGUACAGCGGGCCCGAGCUGUGGCCUUCGCUCCGCAUUGUCUUCGUUGAGGACAAGGAGUUAGAGGGUGCCUCGAAUGAGCAGCUGCGCAUCUGGUUCCGGAAGAUGCGUGACAGAGCCGGAGGCGAGCAGCAUCUACCUAAGGGGAUCAGGACCAACUGCUUCCUCGUUGCCGAUGAGGCAGUCAUUAAGAGCGAGGCAGCCCAGACGCCAUAUACACCGAGGUGCAAGUACAUGGACGUUCCAGAGUUCGGCGUGGAGAUCCUAGACGAGGAUCCAGUGGUAUAUAUCCGCGCCGUCGACCCGGAUUACGUGUCUCCUGGCAAUCCUGCUCCUCCUGCUGAGAGAACCAAAGAGGACACCGCGGACAAGGUCCCUGGAACCCCGACCAGCAGCAACAGUUUGUCGGCUGCUCCGGCAUACAUGAUUGCCAUGGCAAAGCAGGUGGAAGAGGAGAUGGCCGACUUCAAAGGCGAGGCGACGGUCGCGCUUCCACGCGUCUUUGACUGGCUGCACCGCGCCUGUUUCUUCGCCGAGCGCGGCAUCAAGUAUACCCAAACGGAUGGUCGAGACGGGUGGCACACAAUCCAUGUGCAAACCAAGAAACCGGAAGCAUGGGUCCGCAACUGGUCGGCAUGGACGGGCAGCAUAAAUUAUGCAAAGGAUCUCAAGCGUUUCCCUAUUCCCCCUGAGCUCCUCCGUACCCUCUACCCCGCCCAGCCGCUUCCCCCACCCCCGCCCAGUUCAUAG